UAUUUUUUUUUGUUGGAUCGUCAAGCUUGAUAUCAGGAAUUGGAGAAGAGAAAAGAGGAGAGAAAUGGAGAGCAUUGCUCUAUGGUUAGGGCUUUCUCUUUCUACUCUUCUCUCAUGGAUUUUCGUUGCUUCCUACUUCAACGUCACCCAGAAGCUUAGAUCUCUCAUCCAACCAUGGGUAAUUCAUCGUGUCAUCGCAGACACCCCUCUCAUCCUUCAGAUCCAGUGCUUCCAGCAUCGUUUCUUGGACGCCUUCUUCUCUGCACUCUCGUGCGUUGUCUCUGUGCCAUUCUACACUGCCUUUCUUCCUCUGCUCUUCUGGAGUGGGCACAAUAAAUUGGCCAGGCAGAUGACCUUGUUGAUGGCUUUCUGUGAUUAUCUAGGAAACUCCGCCAAGGAUGUAGUCUCUGCUCCUAGACCCACUUCUCCUCCCGUUAGGAGAGUAACCGCUACAGAAGACGAGAAAGAAAACGCAUUGGAAUACGGAUUGCCCUCUUCUCACACUCUUAACACAGUUUGUCUGACCGGAUACUUCUUGCAUUAUGUUCUGAAUUCCGCCAAUGAUAGAGAUGCUACUCAAGUAAUUGCUGGAGUUGCUGUGGUUUGUUUGCUUGUAGGACUCAUUGGCUUUGGAAGGAUUUACCUUGGCAUGCACAGCGUGGUCGAUGUCCUUGGCGGGCUUGUCUUGGGACUGGUGAUCCUUGCCUUCUGGCUCACUGUUCAUGAAUAUUUGGAUAGCUUUAUAGUCUCUGGACAGAAUGUCUGCUCCUUCUGGGCUGCCCUUAGUUUCUUAUUGCUCUUUGCGUAUCCAACCCCAGAGCUUCCCACCCCAAGUUAUGAGUUUCACACAGCUUUCAAUGGUGUUGCAUUAGGAAUAGUUACGGGAGUCCAGCAAACUUACCUUCAGUUUCACCAUGAAGACAUGCCACACAUCUUUAGCCCACAACUUUCAAUCCCAGUUUUUGUAGGAAGGGUGCUUGUGGGCAUUCCUACAAUAAUUAUUGUGAAGUUCUGCAGCAAGGCACUAGCUAAAUGGAUACUUCCUGUGGUGGCAAACACUGUAGGCAUCCCAAUAAGAUCAUCGUGCUACAUCCCUCAACUAAAUAGUUCAGUAAGCGGUAAGAAAUCUAAUGGAAUCCAGAAGAUGUUCUACUUUCCUCAGGAUUCUUUUGAUGUUGACACAGGCAUAAGGUUCCUCCAGUAUGCAGGUCUUGCAUGGUCGGUAGUUGACCUCGUCCCAUCUCUAUUUUCUCACCUACAGUUGUAAUUAACAAAUGCCUGAGUACCGACUUAACUGCACCUUCGCUUCCUGAGGGUUGCAAUAUUGAUUUUGUUUCAUAUAAAAUCCUUGUCAAUCCAAAGAGGUCAUUGUACUAUAUUGUAUGUACAUACUCGAGCCAUAAUUC